UUUCUCCAAUCCAAAGCAUAAGAGGCUUACCUUCAACUUUUACACACCCCUUUCAGAUUCUUUCCACACCUUUCUCCCUUUCUUUUAAAUUAUCAUUGAUUCUAAUUCAUUUUUUAUUCAAAAUCUUUAAAUCUUUACUACUGCAAUCAUUUUAAUGCUAUUAUUUAGCUCAAUGGUACCGAAGCUAUAUGCAAGAAUGUGAGGUUCCAUAGAUGCUUGAAGUACUGAAACUAAAAGGUUAAGCUUCUUGCUGGAAUCUUGAUAUUAAGUUGUUGAAAGAUGGGGGCAGCCUUGGCGGGAGAUGAUUUGAUAAGGCAAAUGAGUAGUAGGACAUGGCAGCGGUCCAUGAGUAUAAAACAAAUGUGGAAUGAACCUGAUGUGUUCCACAAAGACUCACGGUGGUCAGUGGCAGUGGAUGAUGAGGAGGAGCUCCGGUGGGCGGCCAUAGAGAGGUUGCCAACUUAUGAUAGGCUAAGGAAAGGAAUGCUUACUCAGACUAUGAGUAAUGGCAGAAUGGUGCAAAAUGAAGUUGACAUGAGAAAAAUUGGAAGUGAAGAUAAGAAGAAAUUGAUGGAUAGUAUACUUAAGGUUGUUGAAGAAGAUAAUGAGAAGUUCUUGAGGAGGCUUAGGAACAGAACUGACAGAGUAGGAAUUGAGAUUCCAACAAUUGAAGUCAGAAUUCAGAAUUUCUCAGUUGAGGGAGAUGCAUAUGUUGGGACCAGAGCACUUCCAACUCUGCUAAAUUCCACUUUGAAUGCAAUUCAGGGAAGUCUUGGAAUGAUUGGGCUUUCUCCAUCAAAGAAAAGGACAUUCAAGAUACUACAAGAUGUUAAUGGAAUAAUAAGACCAUCAAGGAUGACAUUGCUGCUCGGGCCUCCUAGCUCAGGAAAAACAACAUUACUAAAAGCACUUGCAGGAAAACUUGAUGUUGAUCUAAGGGUAACAGGGAAAGUCACCUACUGUGGUCAUGAACUUUCAGAAUUUGUACCUCAAAGAACCUGUGCUUACAUUGGCCAGCGUGACCUUCACUAUGGUGAAAUGACUGUUCGUGAGACACUUGAUUUCUCGGGCCGUUGCUUGGGAGUAGGAACCAGGUAUGACCUGCUGUCGGAGCUAUCAAGAAGGGAAAAAGACGCAGGUAUCAAGCCAGAUCCUGAAAUUGAUGCGUUCAUGAAAGCCACUUCUGUGCCUGGCCAAGAGACCAGUUUGAUUACAGACUAUGUUCUAAAGAUACUUGGAUUGGAUAUUUGUGCUGAUAUCAUGGUGGGAGAUGACAUGAGAAGAGGUAUCUCUGGUGGGCAAAAGAAGCGUGUCACAACCGGAGAAAUGUUGGUAGGACCAGCAAAAGCAUUUUUCAUGGAUGAAAUAUCUACAGGGUUGGAUAGUUCCACCACUUUCCAAAUUGUCAAGUUCAUGAGACAAAUGGUUCAUAUAAUGGAUGUUACUAUGGUCAUUUCUCUCUUGCAGCCUGCACCUGAGACAUUUGAUCUCUUCGAUGAUGUUAUUCUACUUUCAGAAGGUCAGAUUGUGUAUCAAGGUCCUAAGGAGAAUAUACUUGAUUUCUUUCGAUAUGUGGGCUUUAAAUGUCCAGAAAGGAAGGGUAUUGCUGACUUCCUGCAAGAAGUAACUUCCAAGAAGGAUCAAGAACAGUAUUGGUUCAGAAAAAAUCAACCUUACAGAUACAUAUCAGUACCAGAGUUUGUUCAAGCCUUCAAUUCCUUUCAUGUUGGCCAAAUGCUCUUGGCAGAUCUCAGAGUUCCAUUUGAUAAAUAUAGAACCCAUCCUGCUGCUUUAGUAAAAGAAAAGUAUGGCAUUUCCAAUUGGGAACUUUUCAAGGCAUGCUUUGCAAGGGAAGUGCUGCUAAUGAAGCGCAACUCUUUUGUUUUCAUAUUUAAAACUAUCCAGAUAACAAUCAUGGCCACAAUUGCAUUGACAGUAUUCUUAAGAACAGAGAUGAAAGCUGGUGAAAGAAGAGAUGCAGGGAAAUUUUGGGGAGCACUGUUUUUUAGUCUUACUAAUGUCAUGUUUAAUGGGAUGGCAGAACUUGCAAUGACUAUUUUCAGGCUUCCUGUUUUCUACAAGCAGAGGGAUUUCUUAUUCUAUCCAGCAUGGGCUUUUGGCUUGCCAAUUUGGCUCCUCAGAAUUCCCGUCUCACUAUUAGAAUCUGGGAUUUGGAUUAUCCUCACAUAUUACACAAUUGGCUUUGCCCCUGAUGCCAGUAGAUUCUUCAAACAGUUUUUGGCUUUAGUUGGCAUACAUCAAAUGGCCCUCUCCCUUUUCCGUAUGAUAGCAGCUCUUGGAAGAACUGAAGUAGUUGCAAAUACACUUGGUUCCUUUACCUUGCUGUUGGUUUUUGUUCUUGGAGGCUAUGUUAUUUCAAGAAAUGAUAUUGCAUCAUGGAUGAUAUGGGGUUACUAUAUUUCUCCGAUGAUGUAUGGGCAGAAUGCCAUUGCGAUCAAUGAGUUUCUUGACAGCAGAUGGAGUACUCCUACUGGCGACCCUAUUGAACCCACAGUUGGAAUUUCCCUUCUUAGGGAAAGAGGCCUGUUCACAACUGAAAAUGCAUUUUGGAUUUGUGUUGUGGCACUUUUUGCGUUUUCUCUUCUUUUCAAUCUCCUCUUCAUCUUGGCAUUAACAUAUUUAAGUCCUUUUGGUGAUAAUAAGGCUGCAAUUAUUGAUGAUGACUCCAACAAAAAUUUCAAGCAGCAGCUGGCAUCCAAUCCAGAAGGAAUUAAUAUGGUAGUGAGAAAUGCUCAAAGGGUUAUCAACCCAGAUGGUAGUAUCAAAAAAUUGAAAAAGGGAAUGGUUUUGCCUUUUCAACCCCUUGCACUUGCUUUUAACCAUGUCAACUACUAUGUGGAUAUGCCUGUGGAAAUGAAGAGUAAAGGGGUUGAAGAGAGCAGAUUGCAGCUGCUGCGAGAUGUUAGUGGUGCCUUUAGGCCUGGUAUUCUAACAGCAUUGGUGGGUGUAAGUGGUGCUGGAAAGACCACCCUAAUGGAUGUCUUAGCGGGAAGGAAGACAGGUGGAUACAUAGAAGGGAGCAUAAGCAUUUCUGGUUACCCGAAGAACCAAGCAACAUUUGCAAGAGUCGGUGGCUAUUGCGAACAGAAUGAUAUCCAUUCGCCAUACGUUACUGUGUAUGAAUCUCUCUUGUACUCUGCCUGGCUUCGCCUUGCUGCAGAUGUAACUGAUGCAAGAAGAAAGAUGUUUGUCGAGGAAGUUAUGGAGUUGGUAGAACUUACACCCUUAAAGAAUGCUUUAGUUGGUCUUCCAGGAGUAGAUGGUCUUUCAACUGAGCAGAGGAAGAGGUUGACUAUAGCAGUAGAGUUGGUUGCUAAUCCAUCAAUUAUCUUUUUGGAUGAACCCACAUCAGGUCUUGAUGCUAGAGCUGCAGCAAUUGUUAUGCGUACAGUGAGGAAUACAGUUGAUACAGGACGAACUGUCGUUUGUACAAUUCACCAACCAAGCAUUGAUAUCUUUGAAGCUUUUGAUGAACUCUUAGUGAUGAAACGAGGAGGACAAAUGAUAUAUGCUGGACCUAUUGGUCGCAAUUCUCACAAGCUUGUGGAGUACUUUGAAGUUGUUCCAGGAGUUCCCAAGAUCAAAGACGGUUACAAUCCUGCUACCUGGAUGUUAGAAGUGAGCUCUACUGCAGUAGAGGCUCAACUUGAUGUUGACUUUGCAGAAAUUUAUGUUACCUCAGAUCUUUAUAGGAGAAAUCAGGAGCUUAUCAAAGAACUUAGCACUCCUCAACCAGGUUCAAGUGAUCUAUAUUUUCCCACCCAAUAUUCCCAGAGCUUUAUAACUCAAUGCAAAGCUUGUUUCUGGAAACAACACUUGUCGUAUUGGAGGAAUUCGAGAUAUAAUGCAAUUCGCUUCUUCAUGACAAUUAUGAUUGGAAUCAUGUUUGGUGUCAUCUUCUGGAACAAAGGAGGCCAUAUAGAAACACAACAGGAACUGACAAAUCUGCUUGGAGCUACCUAUGCUGCUAUUCUCUUCCUUGGAGCUAGCAAUGCCUCCGCCGUGCAAUCUGUUGUGGCCGUAGAGAGAACAGUCUUCUACCGCGAAAGGGCAGCAGGGAUGUAUUCAGAGUUGCCUUAUGCAUUUGCUCAGGUGGCUAUAGAGACAAUUUAUGUUGCAAUUCAAACCUUUAUUUAUAGUCUUCUUUUAUACUCAAUGAUUGGGUAUGAGUGGGAGCUGGACAAAUUCUUGUAUUUUUACUACUUCAUCCUCAUGUGUUUCACUUACUUCUCAAUGUAUGGAAUGAUGGUUGUUGCCCUAACUCCUGGUCAUCAAAUUGCUGCAAUUGUUAUGUCCUUCUUUCUAAGCUUCUGGAAUUUGUUCUCCGGUUUCCUCAUCCCUAGGCCGCUUAUCCCUGUAUGGUGGAGAUGGUACUAUUGGGGUUCUCCGGUAGCUUGGACAAUUUACGGCAUUUUCGCAUCUCAAUUUGGCGACAAGAAAGCUCUCCUUAGCAUUCCUGAAACACCACCAGUAGCAGUGGAUGUAUUCCUCAAGAAUAGUUUGGGUUAUGACCAUGAUUUCCUUGUACCUGUAGUGCUUGCCCAUGUUGGUUGGGUUCUCCUCUUCUUCCUCGUUUUUGCCUAUGGUAUCAAGUUCCUUAACUUCCAAAGAAGAUGAGAACGCUUUGUAGAAUCUGAAGAUGGGAGAAUUAUAGUACGGUCCUUUAGUUUUCGAAAUACAACUGGUCUGUCUGUGCCUUUUAAAAAAAUAGACUAAAAUUUCUUUAGUCUACUUUUAUCAGACUAUGAGUUCCUUCCAUCUAAUUUUUGCAUCCUUUCCGUUAAAUACCUUAUGAAAUGAUAAAAAUAUCCAUUUUAUUUUAAAAAACACAAGGACAAAUUAGUUGUAUUUUUCAAAUCAUAGAGACUAUACUGUAAUCUUUCCGAUAUAAUAUUUUAGUAUCUCUCCUUAUAUUUUUCCUUUGACCCCUGUGUUUUCUUGCUGAUUUAAUGGAAAAGAUACAAAAAUUGAACAAACAGACUUAGUAGUGUAACAUAAGCAAAAUAUAAGAUAGAGACGGACUAGUUGUAUUUCGCAAACCACAUGGAUCAUUCUGUAAGUUUCCCUUUGAAAAUUUAUAGGCAGAACAACAGAAGGCAUAAUAUUAUAUAUCAAGGAAAAACAGACAAAUAUCUCUCUCUCUACAAUUUUUAUUAUUCAAGAAAAUAGUGCAUAAUCAAUUGUGG